CAGACCCGUCUCUUGGGCGAAAGCCCCUAUCAGUAUCUAAAUUCUUCUUUGAUCAAUGUGUGCCUUUUCCUCGCCCCAGGCUGCCUAAAUGCGCAGGGCUUUUGGGCCCUAGAAGCCCUCCUUGGUGUCGCUGUCAGUUUGGGUGUCACCUACCUGCUGCAGGCCACCCUCCCCUUCUAUCCCUCCCCCUCUCGAUCCGCCUCUUCUAGAGCCUGUAGCCCCCAUUCAUCGUCUAUUUGUGCUCUGACAAUUGUCCGUGUCUCUUCUCCUGGGGCGCAGCCUACUCUUGUGUCUGCUAGAAACUGCAGAAUAGCCUUGGUAGCCCUAGGGUCCCCAAAGAGCCUUCCCUCAGGGUGGUCCUCGGCCAUGGUCGGUAUGGUAACUCUAGCCCUGGUCAAGUUCUUGUAUAGAGCUGUUCGCUGCCGUCGCCACUAUCUACACUCGAACGGGAGGUGGUAG